AUGGCGAAGCCAAACACUGAGAAAAUGGUGGAGCUGGCAAUUUCACAUCUCAACGACAGACAUGGAACAUCAUUGCAUAAAGUCAAAAAGUACAUUACUGAAAAUUUUGAUGUGAAUAUUGAUAAUUAUAAAAGACAUAUCACCAAGUGCGUGAGGAAACUUCUUGAAAAUGGCACUUUACUGCAAGUUAGCGGAUUGGGAGCGAAUGGAAAAUUUAAAUUUCCCCAAAAUGUCAAGAACUCGGUCAAGAAAGCAAUGAAAAAGGGUGAAAAAUUAAAAGUAAAAAUUUUAAAGAAAAAAAACAAUGAUAUGAAGGAAAAAGCCAAGGAGACAAAAAAGAAACCAAUGACAUUGAAAAAUAACAAGAAAAUGCCGAAGACCACUGAGAAUAACAAUAAGGACGUGAAAAAAAAUAUUAAUAAGAAAUCGACGCAAGAAUCAACAUCGCAGACGAGAGGGAAGAGAAAUGUUACAAAUAAAGACUCGACAAUGACAAUGAAACCGAUGAAAUCCAAAGAGACGUCGAAAAUGAAAAAAACAAUGCGAACCGAUGAUGAUAAAAAUAAAAAAGUGCAAUUUAAAAAAAUUGUUGAAAAAUCUGCUGCUGGAAAAGUGAAAGAUUCAAAAAAAUGA